GCAUUGCAGCUUCUUAGUCUUGAUACUUGUUCUCAGGUUCGGUCUUACGACUUACGAGGGUGUUCGAAUGGCUGGUGUUUGCAAUGGUGCCACCGGAUUUACAGUACACCAAGGGGAACCAACUCGGGUUGUUCCGGCGGAAGAGGCAGAGAAGGGUCUUUAUUACCUUUCGAACCUUGACCAAAACAUUGCAGUCAUAAUGCGAACCAUUUACUUCUUUAAGUCAGAAUCUAAAGGGAAUGAAGAUGCCGUGGAAGUGGUUAAAAAUGGAUUGUCAAAGAUCCUUGUCCACCAUUAUCCACUUGCUGGGAGGUUAACAAUCAGCUCUGAAGGGAAGCUCAUAGUGGACUGCACCGGGGAGGGGGCGGUUUUCGUCGAGGCCGAAGCCGAUUGCGAACUCGAUGACAUGGGGGACAUAUCAAAGACCGACCCUAACAUUCUUGGGAAGCUGGUUUAUGAAGUUCCUGGUGCUCAAAACUUGCUUCAGAUACCUCUUUUGGUGAUCCAGGUGACUAAAUUCAAGUGUGGAGGAUUUUGUAUUGGGAUGAGCAUGAACCACUGUAUGUUAGAUGGAAUUGCAGCCAUGGAAUUUGUCAAUGGAUGGGGUGAAGUCACCAGAGGUUUGCCAUUAAAGACCCCUCCAGUUUUAGACAGAACCAUUCUGAAACCUCGAAAUCCUCCUACGAUCGAGUUCGAACACCAUGAAUUCGAUGACAUCAAAGACAUAUCAAAAACAAACAAGCUCUAUGAAGAAGAAAUGGUCUUCAAAUCCUUCCUGUUCGACUGCGAAAAACUUGGACACCUCAAGGAACAAGCCAUUGAAGAUGGAGCUUUAACCAAAUGCACCACAUUCGAAGUCCUUGCAGCGUUUGUCUGGAGAGCUCGAUGUAAAGCAUUAAACCUGGUUCCUGAACAACAAACAAAGCUCCUCUUUGCUGUUGAUGGAAGGCAAAGACUCAUCCCUCAACUACCUCAAGGGUUUGCUGGCAAUGGCAUUGUUCUAGCAUAUUCAAUAUCAACUGCCGGUGAGUUGGUUGAUAAACCUUUGUCAUUUGCUGUGGGGUUGAUCCAAGAGGCAGUCAAGUUGGCGAGUACUGACAGUUUCAUGAGGUCAGCCAUUGAUUAUUUUGAAGUGACAAGAGCUAGGCCAUCUCUGGAUGGGACUGUUCUCAUUACAACUUGGUCCAAGUUGUCUUUUUACUCCAUGGAUUUUGGUUGGGGAGAACCCAUUUCAUCAGGGCCUGCUGCUUUGCCAGAAAAACCAGUUGUUCUUUUCCUUCCUCAUCAUGAACACAAGAGAAGCAUUAAUGUACUGCUGGGAUUGCCUGUUUCAGGUAUGAAAGCAUUUGAAGGCCUAAUGCAGAUUUAAGUAAGGAAAAACAUGUUUUAUACAAAA